AUGGCUUUUCUGCUGUUUGGCUACGACCAGGGAGUUUUUGGGGGUCUGAUAGCGACUCCGCAGCUGCUGAACGGGCUUGGGAUCGCGUCUACUGAUGCCAACCUGCAAGGGACCGUGGUGGCUAUCUACGACAUCGGUUGUCUGGUCGGCUGUAUCGGGACCGCGAUUUUCGGGAUGAAGGUCGGCCGCCGCGUCCUGGUGAUGAUCGGAUGCUGUCUUCUGAUUCUCGGUGCUGGACUUCAAGGCGGAGCAACAUCGGUCCCCAUGAUGAUUGCUGGCCGAAUCGUAGGCGGAUUCGGCACGGGCAUCAACUCUUCCAUCAUCCCCGUGUGGGUGUCAGAAUGUGCUCACGCCUCCCGCCGCGGCGCCCUCGUAUCGGUACAGAUCUCGAUCGUCAUCCUCGGCCUUGUCAUUGCGUACUGGUUCGACUACGGGACCGUCAAAAACAUGACCGGGGGGAUCGUUUGGCGCCUUCCACUCUAUUUUCAGAUGGUCUUCUGCGUUCUUACGCUUGGGACUAUUCUGCUGAUGCCCGAAUCACCACGGUAUCUGUACAGUAAGGGCCAUCUCGAAGAAGCAGACUCGGUCAUUGCUCGCAUUUUCAACGUGGCCAUCGACCACCCCACUGUUCUACAACAUCGUCGCGAGGUCAUCCAGGCUUUGGAGGUUGAACAUGAAGUCAAAUUCCGGAUUUCGGACAUCUUGUUCGAUCGGUCGCCUGUCAACGCAACAUGGCGAAUCUGGAUUUGCAUCCUGAUCCAGUUCUUUCAACAGCUUGGGGGUAUCUGCUUGAUAGCGUACUACGCCUCCUAUCUCUUCAUCAACAAUCUCGGCAUGACUCAGAAUCAGGCAGGCAUCACUUCGGGAGGCUUGUCCCUCGUCUUCUGGGGUGGCACACUGACCGCUAUCUGGUCUGUCGAAGUCCUGGGCCGGCGGCCCGUCCUGCUCUGGGGAGCUGUGGGUUGCUCAAUCUGCAUGAUCUGCUACACCAUCGGGCUUGGAGUGUACAACGACUCGUCCUUGACAGCAUCGGUUGUCUUUAUUUUCUUGUUCGAAUUCUGCUACGGUUGUUCGUGGUGCGGUCUGCCUUUCCUCUACGCUGCUGAAGUGACACCGCUUCAUCUACGCCAUGCAGGCUCAGCACUGUCCGUGGGUAUGGAGUGGCUCAUGACCUUUGUGGUAGUCAAGGUUGGCCCAAUUGGCAUCACGCACGCUGGAUGGAAAUUCUACCUUCUCUUCUGCAUCGGCAACGUCUUACAGGUCUUGUUCAUCUACUUGUUUGUCAAGGAGACCAAGGGUCUUACUCUGGAAGAAAUUGACUACCUCUACGCCAAACCAGAGCAUCGUGCCGAGCUUGAGGAGAAGUUGCGUCACCAUAGGCUUGACAAAGAGGCUGGGGAGGCGGUCCUGACAGAUCAAAGAGACGAAAAGGUUCAUACUAACCCCUCACAUGCACAGUAUGAGUAUUCGUCUAAGCCAUUUUCCCCCCCUUCCUAG